AGCCUGAAAUUCUACGCCACCUCGCCCUUAUUACCCCGCAGUAUCCCAUCUCGACGGUUCGGAUUCUGACCUGCCGCGCAGGCAUCUCUCCGACUGGGCCGCUCUGUGAAAUAGACAUUACGGCCUACGUCUCUCUUCUGCAGACGAAUCCUCGCUCUGGAGGCUCCCGCUUCUCCUCUCGGCAGCCACCAUGGCGACCACAAUCCCGCAGAACCCGACUCCCCAGACGGUCAUGCAGCUGCUGACCAAGAUCACCGACUCGGACCCCGACUUCCGGUUUAUGGCCCUUGACGAUCUCCUUAAGGUCUUUACCGUGGCGAAGCCAGAAUUUUUGCUCCAUGACUACAAUACGGCGGCGCGUACUGUCGACCAUGUCGUGCGUGCCCUGGACGAUCAGAAUGGAGAGGUCCAGAAUCAGGCGAUCAAGUGCCUCGGACCGCUAGUGAAGAAGAUUACCCCGCAAUUAAUUGCGCCGAUGAUGGAGAAGCUCUGCAGCUUGAAGCUCAAGAAUUCGCUCGACGAUUCGAUCCCGUCCAUGGCGAUCCGCGCCGUCGUGGAUGCGCUACCUCGUCCGGUGCCCGGCGUCACACCGACCAAAGAUGUCAACGAGGCGUACGCCAGCAUCAGCAGGGUGCUCAUCCCUCGAUUCCUUGGACGGGCAACCUCGGCCGCCAAGGGCGUCCCGGGGCUGCUGGACCCCGAGGACCCCAAUUCCGACUCGGUCGACGUGCUAAUCGAUGUGGUUCGGUGCUUUGGUCCCAUGCUCCAGUCGUUCGAGAUCGAGGCUCUACACAAUGCUGUCGUCACCAUUCUAGAGAAGGACAAGGGCAAUUCGGUUGUCAAGAAGAGGGCUGUUGUUGCCAUCUCCAUGCUCGCCCAUUACCUUUCCGACGCACUCCUGGACGCCUUCAUCAAGCGUGUCACCGGGGUGCUUAGACAGCCCCAAUUAAAAGACGCCACCCGCCGGCUUUACAUUACCGUGCUGGGCUCCAUGGCUCGGUCUAUUCCUUACCGAUUCGGCCUUCAUCUGGCGAAUGUCGCCCCUCUUGUUCUCGGGGUGCUGAGCGAGGAGGAGCUCCAGGCGCAGCUUGAGGAUAUCAGCGAGGGUGAAGGAGCUACUCUGGAGUUCAACGAAGUCCGGGAGGCUGCGCUCGUCGCCUUGGAGGCAUUCCUCUCAUCGUGCCCAACUCAGAUGCGCGCGUUCACCGACCAAGCCAUCGAAGCUUGCAUCCGGUAUCUGAAAUUCGACCCCAACUAUGCCGUCGACGAGGACGAGGAGAUGGAAGACAACGAAGAAGACGAGAACGAUGAGCUCGAAGAGGAUGACGAGUUCGAGGCCGUUGGCGGUUUCGAUGACGACGAUGAUGCCAGCUGGAAGGUGCGACGCAGCGCUGCAAAAGGGCUGCACACCAUCAUCUCAACCAGGAGCAGCGGCGAUCUGCUCGAAAAUGGCGUUCUGUACGGCACCGUGGCUCCUGCUCUUGUCAAGAGGUUCAAUGAGCGCGAGGAAAACGUGCGCCUCGAAGUGUUAUCGGCAAUGGCCCUGCUCGUGCGGAAGACGGGAGAGGGCGUCUUGCCUGACUUCUCUCGCGAUGGGGAGCAGUUGAGCCAGCAGGCCCCAACUCGAAAGCGGCGGCGCCAGAGUAGCGCAACUGGCCUCUCGUCAGUUCUUUCUGGGACCGGUCUCACCUCGCCGGCCACAGAGAAAGUGCCGGCGACGGGCCCGCGUGCCGAACUGGCCGCACUGACCCCAGCGAUCAUCAAACCGCUGACAGGGCUGCUCAAAGGGAAACUUAUACCCACCAAACAGGCCUGCAUUACUCUGCUGGACGACAUUGUAUGCGCACAGAGGGGUGGACUCGAGUCGUAUUUCGACCAGAUCAUCUUGCCCAUCCUGGAGGCCAUCAAGCCCUCUUCUGCUGCUUCUGCUUCGGCGUCUCUUUCAUCUGCGGGUGGGAGCGCAACGGCAACCACCUUGAGACUGGCAGCCCUUCGUUUGACCAGCGACAUCUCACAGAACCACUCUUCCGCCGUACUGCACCCAUAUCUCACGCAAAUUGUCUCUGGAAUCGUCGCGGUGGCCCAUGAUCGGUUCUAUAAGAUUUCCGCGGAAGCCAUUCAGACGGCCGAGGAGUUGAUCAAGGCCAUCACUCCCCCACGGUCCCGUAUGGCCGCUCAGAAGUUUAAGGGCGAGCUCCGGAAGCUCUAUGAGGUUGUCAUUGACCGAGCAACCGCCAAUGAUGCCGAUGCCGAAGUUCGACAGAAGGCCAUCCGUGCUCUUGGUACGCUUUUGGCUCGCACAACCGGCCCGGAGGGAUCGGGCCUUCUCCCUGAUGACAAGCGCUCGGCGUCUCUCGUGUGUCUUCUUGAGAGGCUCAAGAAUGAGACAACCAGGCUGGCCGCGGUGCGGGCGGUCGACACCGCGGCUGCCAUGUCGGCGGAUACCGUCACAUUUGAGCCACAGUGGACCCGCCAAGUUGCAGUCGAAUUGGCAGCCCAGUUGCGCAAGUCGAACCGCGCCCUGAGAGGGUCGAGCAUCAUGGCGCUGAAACACCUCAUCCUGUCCCCCGCUACCAAAGGAAGCCUGGAUAAGACGACGACACAGAACAUCGUCGCGGCCCUGAUCCCUGUCAUCACGAACAACGAUGUUCAACUCCUUGGGCCGGGGCUCCUGGUGCUCGCCAGGCUUACCCAGGAGAUGCCCGAUGUUGUUGUGAUUCCGGACCUUGUUGAGUCGCUUUGCAAGCUUCUCCAGACAACUGUUACUGGGUCCGUCCUUGAUUCCCUAAUCGUCCUUGUCACGCAAGCGGGCCAGGCGGGUCAAGGCAAGCCCUUGAUGGGCGCCUUCCUCAAGAAUGUUGGUGUUGCGGGCGAUCCCGCUGUGGUCGGCAAGGUCAUAGGAACGCUUCUCGUUGCAAGCGGUGGCUCGGCUGGAGUCACGCUCGAUGACUUCAUCCGGGAGAUCGGCGCCAGUUCCGGGGACCAGGCGAGAAGCAGUCUCGCGCUGGCCGUCAUUGGCGAAGCUGGACUUCGGCUGGGCGACAAAUUCCCCAUUGCGCCGACGCUGUUCUUGGAGCAGUUCACCAACGAAUACGACAAGGUGUCGCUCUCGGCGGCCGUGGCUCUCGGCCGGGCCGGGGCGGGCAAUGUUUCGGUUUAUUUGCCUGUCAUCCUCCAGUCGAUGACCCAGAAAGGCGGCAUCCAGUACCUGCUUCUGCAAUCCGUCAAGGAGAUUCUUCAGCAAGCUGCGCUCUCCUCUGCCGACAUCAGCCAGUUCUCUACGCGUCUUUGGGAGCAGAUUCUUGCUGCCAGCAGCGCCGAGGAUAACAAGGCUGUGUGCGCCGAAUGCAUUGGGCGCAUGGUCAUCAUUGAUCCGACCACAUACAUGCCCAAGCUCGAGUCUCUGUUCCGAAACCAGUCGCCAGGGCUGAGGGCCAUCGCCGUUCAGGCCCUCCGGUACACGCUCCCAGAUGACAACGAGGCAUUCGAUGCAUUGCUUAGGAAUUCCCUCGUCGAUAUGUUGAAGACUGCGUUGAGCGAUCCCGAGCUCGAGAUCCGCCGCCACUCUAUGUCCACUUUGACCUCGGCGGCCCACAACAAGCCUGAGCUGAUCCUGGCCCAACUCAACCAGCUCAUGCCGUUUGUUAUGGACGAGACCGUCGUCAAGCCGGAGCUCAUCCGCGAGGUCCAGAUGGGUCCGUUCAAGCACAUCAUCGACGACGGCUUGGAAGUGCGAAAGGCGGCCUACGAGACUCUGUAUGCUCUCAUUGAGUCAGCCUUCUCCCGUAUGAGCAUCAUCGACCUGUACGAUCGCAUCGUCGCCGGUCUCUCAGACGAUAACGACAUCCGAUCGCUUUGCAACCUCAUGGUCUCGAAGCUGGUCCUCCUCGCUCCCGACGAGACGAUCCGCCGGCUCGACUCGAUCGCCGAGGGCUUUAGAAAGACACUGUCUCACAAACUUAAGGACAAUGCAGUGAAGCAGGAAAUCGAGAAGCAGGAAGAGGCCAACAAGGCGGUCCUGCGCCUCACGCUGCUCUUGGGAGAUAAGCUCAACAAAUCGGCGCUGAACACUGGUGGUGGCGCCGGCGCUGGAUCGAGCCCGGCCUGGACGAGCUACUGGGAGUGGGUCAACCGGGACUUUGCCGAGCAACUCAGGAGUCUCAGCGAGGAGAAUAAGGAAGCCAGCGCUGCUGUCUCCGUCUAAACAACAUAGGAGGAGUGGUUCCCUCAUUUUCCGGCGUAAUUGACUCAUUCGUCAGAGUUGACGGACUCCAACACCUUGGCGGUGUAACCGACUUUCAUGUGAUAUCGAUGUCCUUAGAUUAGGAGGGACAGUUGCCGCCAUUACCAUGGCAGUCGCGUUCCGUUGUUGUGUGGUUUGCUUCCACCCCCCUUUUUUUUACUAUCAACAGCGGGGAACAAUGGAUGCGGGGGACGAAUCGAAACGAUAUCUUUCAUCGUAUCCUUUCCCCUUGCUUCAUCUCGUGAGCCGUGACAUCUCUGUCUUGUUAUUACACAUUACCCAGUGCUUUUCCCCCUUAAAGAAUUUACCGCGUUACAAAGAAACCGCCUUUUUUUUUUUUUUUUUUUUUUUUUUUCCCUCCGCACGCACAGAACUGAAUCGCUUUCCGUCCUUGAGAGAAGGAAAGGAUAAAAAAAGCACUAAUCACAAGCUCAGAGGACCGUGUCGUCGGGGUACUUGCGCGCGAACAUGCCGAGCGCCUUCAUCGUGAAGGUGAACUUGUAGUUGGGGUACGAGAUCAUGCAGCUCUUGUUGAAGACGCCCUCGAUCGCCUCCUGCAGCCACUCGCCGUUGGGCUGCUGCCGCUCCAUCAGCAGCUUGAUGCCCUUCCGCAGCCGCGCCCGGUCCGGGUAGUUGGCCUUCAUCAGGCCGAUCAGCGCCCACGAGGUCAUGACCACCUGCGACCCGGUCGGGUGCUCGACGUAUUCGCCUGUCUCGCAGGCCUG